AACUCGAGCAGCCGCAGAAGUUCCGUUCAAUGAUUGGCCAAACACUACGCAAGAGCGAGCUCCUGGAAACCUCCGAUUGGCUGUUUAAUUCUCAGGCAGGUGCCGGCCCAAUGGAAGAAAAGGCGGUCCCUCCCUAGCUUGCGGCUCUUAUUGGCGGUCGUGGAGGACCGACUCUGAAACUCACUCUCGUUAUUGGGCACCCGCACGAGGCAGAAUGCAGGUUAGAACUUCAGAGAAAAUGUCUACUGAAUGGUCUUCUUGGACAAACCUCUCAACCAUUCAGAAAAUAGCACUGGGCCUUGGAAUUCCAGCCAGCCUGACCGUUGCUUAUAUCCUCUACCGAAGGUAUAGAGAAAGCAGAGUGACCUCCUUGGGAUAUAAGCCUAAUACUAGAGUCGCUGGGUCAAAGGAAGAACGUCUGACAUUCGUUGGGGAAGAUGAUAUUGAGGUAGAGAUGCGGGUACCCCAGGAGGCUGUGAAGCUGAUUAUUGGCCGACAAGGAGCCAAUAUUAAACAACUAAGGAAGCAGACUGGUGCUCGAAUUGAUGUGGAUACAGAAGAUGUAGGUGAAGAACGGGUGCUGCUCAUCAGUGGCUUUCCUGUCCAGGUUUGCAAAGCCAAAGCAGCAAUCCACCAGAUCCUGACAGAGAACACCCCAGUGUAUGAACAGCUUUCAGUACCUCAGAGAUCUGUGGGCAGAAUUAUAGGUGGCAAGCAGAGGAAUUUGUCUAUGUAUCUUUCUGCAGGGAGAGGUGGGGAAACCAUUCGUGCCAUCUGCAAGAGUUCUGGGGCCAAAAUUACCUGUGACAAGGAAUCAGAAGGGACAUUGCUACUAACACGACUCAUAAAGAUUUCAGGAACACAGAAGGAAGUGGCAGCAGCCAAGCAUCUUAUUCUAGAAAAAGUGUCUGAAGAUGAAGAGCUUCGGAAGAGGAUUGCUCAUUCGGCAGAAUCCAGAGUACAGCGCAAACAGCCCAUCAGUGUCAAGAGAGAAGAAGUGGCAGGACCUGGAGGAGCUGGGGAGCCAGCCUUUCCUAAGGACAUGGGCACUGGCAAGAAACUGGCCCCAUCACUGGCUGCCACUCCUAGCCGAGGAGGAGGAGAUACAGCUGGGCUGAGACCAGAACGUGUGGAACAUUCCCAUGAAAAAAAGCUCAGUGACAACAGCCACCAAGAGGACAUGGGAGCCCAAGCCAGUCCAGAGAUGCCAAAAUUUGAAAUCCCCAGCCCUGACUUCAGUUUUCAUGCUGAUGAGUAUCUAGAAGUCUAUGUGUCUGCCUCCGAAAACCCCAACCAUUUCUGGAUCCAGAUUAUUGGCUCCCGCAGCUUACAACUGGACAAGCUGGUCAAUGAGAUGACCCAGUACUAUGAGAACAGUCAAUCACCUGAAGAUCUUACUGUACAUGUGGGUGACAUUGUAGCAGCACCUUUACCUACAGAUGGACCCUGGUAUCGGGCCCGUGUCUUGGGUACCCUCGAGAAUGGGAACCUGGAUCUCUACUUUGUUGACUUUGGAGAUAAUGGGGAGAGCCCACUCAAGGAUUUGAGAGCUAUCAGGAGUGACUUUCUAAGCCUCCCAUUCCAAGCAAUAGAAUGUAGUCUAGCAAGGAUUGUUCCCUCAGGUGAACAGUGGGAAGAGGAAGCACUAGAUGAAUUUGACCAUCUCACUCACUGUGCAGAGUGGAAGCCCCUGGUGGCCAAGAUCUCCAGCUAUGUGCAAACAGGAAUUUCUACUUGGCCAGAAAUACACCUUUAUGACACAAGCAAUGGACAGAAUCUUGACAUUGGGCUAGAACUAGUACGCCAAGGGUAUGCAGUUGAACUUCCCCAAGACGUGGGAGAAGGAGAUGCUGCUGUCCCUGAGAUGCUGCAGGAUAUAUUGGCCACAGAGACAGAUGCCUCUCUAGACAGCCUGUUGUCUGAGGCUAAGAAGAGUCCUGGAGAGACACCACACACUCUGUCAUGCCUCAGUUUAUCAGAAGCUGCUUCAGUUUCUGGUGAUGAUGGUGUCCUUGCAGAAGACGACUUGCUCUGAUGUCUGUGUUCUGGCUGGCUCAGCCAUCUGCCUGCUGUGAAGUGGCAAGGAGCCUGUGGCUGAACAGAAAAUCGAAUUCCACAGAAGAUACCCACAUUUCCUCCUUUGUGGGCUGCCUCCUGAUUGGCCUGCUGUGAACCAAAUACAGCUUCUUCUACUAGCAGAAUGAAGAACUUUUCAGAAAAAAGACUAUAUAUGCGUGUGCGUGUGUAUGUGUCUAUCAGAAGCUGCCUGGCUUCCCUUAGCACUGCCCACAACUACUAGCAAUAAAAGUACCAUCCCACUAUUCAGGAUAUUUGGUUGAAACUUGAGAUGGGAAAUAUUGGUUAGGAUUCUGUUAGUUGAAAAUAAGGAUCAUUCAUUCAGAAGUCUACUUCAUUUUAUGAGAUGACUUACUAGAAAAAUUUUUAAGUUGUGAAUUGAGGAAGUUCUGAGCCCCCAUGGGCUCUCAGGGUUCUUUCCAACUGUGGAUGAAGAGGCAGAGUAUAAAGGCAACAGGGUUGAAAUCAAAUAGUCCAAGGAAAUAAGCAGGUAAUGUGCCCUUGCCAGCUUCAGGUGAUAUCACGCCAAUUAUUGAGGGCAAGAUUUUUGAGAGUUGUUUUCCUUUUUGACCCUAGGCUGUUUUGCAAGUAGAAAAACAAGAUCUCAGGAAUAUGUUAUGAGAUGCAAUGCCUUAGGUAGGCGUAAUGCCUACUAUAUGUAUGCAUAUCCAUAUGUAUGUAAAAAUAGAGAACUCUGUAAGCCACUUAAGAGAAUCAUUAAAAUAAAGUUCUGGUUUUAAAAUGA